AUGGCCUCGUCGAAGACGCCUGGACUCUGGUCGCGCAUUCGCGCUGCGCUUAGGCCGAACUUCACGCUCCACCCGGUGCCCACGGCGCCCGACUACGUCCAGUACCCCACCAACUUCCGUGUGCCCUACUCCAAAACCGAGUACUCGCCGGAGACUAUUCCUGCGAAGGCGCACCGAGACCUGUCGACGAUCUACUACUGGAGGCACGCCGCUGGUAAGCGCUCGCCGCCCGUGCCCCGCAAGCCCGACGUCCUCAAGGAACUCGAGAAGGAGGGCUCCGCCACCGGUCCUGCGCGCGUGGGUGGUCUCACCGACAUCACCGAGCUCCGGAUCACCCGUCCCCCUGGUGAGAUGAGGAAGUGGAACGAAAUCCCCAACGAGCUCUACCAGUAG